UCACUAAAUUGUUGUGAUGUAUAUUUAAAAUUGAAAACCGAGCGCGAUCUAUCGCGAAUUAUUCGUAUAUUUGCAUCUCGCGAGAUUAAUUUCCAAGUCAACUUGACGUUUACGCGACACGUGUCUUCGCUUGUCAAUCGCGUUCCAGAAUCUGCGUUAAUCGCAAACUGCAUCCUCGAUUGCAGUUUCUAGGCAACGUGAUUGAUCGAUGCGGUAUAAUUAAUGAAUCCCAUGAAUGUCCUAAUUAACGAGAAAAUCAUUUCGCUUCGACGUCUCUCGCCCUUUUUCUUUCUCUGUAACAGAAAGCAAUCUUGCAUCACGCAUGCGAUUUUUAGGUUAUAUGUUAGAUGAAGAAAUCAUCUGCAUUCUGAUUAUAGUUUUGUCCAGAAAUUAGAUGACCCAUAUGAUUCCAGCACGGAUAUUCCGCUUGAUUCACACAAACAGUUUGCUCUGGCAAGCAACAAAAAAAUCCCCACUACAAAAGCUGCGCAAAAAGACUGGUUAUACCUUGGAGAAUUGUAAGAAAGCUUUGCAAUUACAUGAGAAUAAUUUAGAGAAGGCUGAGAAAUGGCUAAAAGAACAGGCGCAACAGCACGGCUGGACGCAGGCGGCCAAACUGCAAGGUCGCAAUACCAGUCAAGGUCUUAUCACAGUGACCAUCGAUGGACAAUAUGCUGCAUUGGCAGAGAUUAAUUGCGAGACUGAUUUUGUGGCACAAAAUAAGAAAUUUCACGGUCUCGCAGAAACAGUAAUCGCCGCUGUACUAAAUCAUGCAAAGUCUCAAGAAAUUCAGAACGAAGUACAGCGAACUGUAUUUCAUACGGAUAAUCUUAAAGUCUUGUCAGCCAUGGAUGGCAAGAGCUUAGGCGAUCAUUCCGCUCUAACCAUUGGUGAUGUGGGCGAGAACAUUAAAUUGAGACGCGCUCUGGCCGUCAGUGUUCAAUCACCGAACGUGAUGCUGUUUGGCUGCACGCAUCCAACACCCAUGAAUCCCAUACCUGUUUCCUUUGGUAGGUAUGGUGCCCUUAUCGCUGUCAAAUGCAAGAAUAGGGAUAAUAUACUGGGCAUGCAACUCUGUCAGCAUAUCAUUGGUAUGGAUCCACAGAAGAUUGGGAAUCCACAAGUGGAUGAGCCACAUAAUAAUAUGGACGAGGAACCCUGCAUGAUCUAUCAGGAAUUCCUACUUGAUCCCUCUGUUUCCGUACAGCAAUUGCUAAUGGAAACAGAAACUGAAAUCAUCGAUUUUGCGCGCUUCGAAGUUGGUGAAAAUCUUGACGAAGAGCCGACAAUAGAGAGCAUUCAGACUUGCGGCUGAAAUCAAUUUUAAUAUCUAUGAAGAGUCAUCAUGCGUUAUUUCAAUUAUAUGUCACAUUUUCCAUUAUUAAUAAUUUUUCAAUAAUUCAUGAUGAUGAUAGUUAUUAUUUUUUUUAUAAAAUUGAAAAAGAAUCGAAAAAGGAUUGCUAUGAGGAGCAGCUUGUAUAACUAUGUCGCAGAUAACAAGUGCUCAAAAGAAAAGAAUAGAAAAAUGUUAAAUCAUAUUACUGUGUACAAUAUAUCAUGUAUAAUAAAAUCGAUAAUACCUUAGUAAAAAAA